AUGAUCAGCAAUACUCGAGUCGUAUUAACAGCUGCCUCGCUCUCUUCCGUCGCGCCGCGUUUUCCCAACACUUCUUCGACUACCAGCGGCAACAGCAACAACAAUAAAAACAACGGCAACGGCAACACAAGUGUCAGCGUCGGCGUCGGCAACAACAAAAGCAACAGCACAAGCGCAACAAUAUCCCUGUCGAGCGGCGAGAGUAUUCCCUCGACGACAAAGACAAGGCCCGCAAGGACAACCUCCACAUCCAGACAGCAGCCGCCGCCGCCGCCGCCAACCUCCCCACAAGGCGCAACUCCAGAGCCUCGUUAUCCCGAACCCCCGGCUCUACGCACAAUGUCGGCUUACUUUCCACUCGGGUAUAAGGAGGCUGCCUACCAAUGGUGGACAAGCGUAACACCGCCAAUAGCACAGCAAAACCUUCUCUCAUACAUCCCGUACAUCAAAGCCUCGCUGGGGGCGGCCGCAGCAACAGCAAUUCCCAAGCCUGGUUUCGUUGCCCAGUCUGAUCCAUAUGGCCAACGGACGUGGCGCACCAGCAUGGUGCAGCUCUCUGGCAAAGACAGGGCCAUAAAUGAGUUCACUGUCGAGAGGGAAGGCGAGGAAGUUGACAACACGCUAGUAAUCCUGCACGGCUACGGCGCUGGGCUUGGUUUCUUCUACAAAAACUUUGAGCCUCUCAGCCGCGACCCUGGCUGGAGGCUGCACUCUCUAGACCUGCUUGGCAUGGGCAACUCGUCUAGGCCCCCUUUCAAGGUGCAUGCAAAGGAACAGAAAGCCAAGAUCAGGGAGGCCGAAGACUGGUUUGUCGAUGCGCUUGAGGAGUGGCGCCGCAUCCGAAAAAUCGAAAAGUUCACGCUGCUUGGACACUCUCUAGGCGGCUAUUUGGCCAUAUCAUACGCCAUCAAGUACCCAGGCCAUCUCAACAAACUCAUUCUAGCCUCUCCUGUUGGUAUUCCCGAAGACCCAUAUGCCGUCAACGCGGCAAUGCCGGAGCCGAGCUCUUCGACGAUAGCAAACGAGUUUACGCAAGACCAAAAAGAGGACAUCGUCAAGGCGACUGAGCCCGUCAAAGACAAAAACAAUUUCCUCAACGCGCGGUCAAAAGCAGAGGGCAAGGCUGCCAACAACAAGGAGCCACCGAGAAGGCCAAUCAACAAGUGGUUCGUCUGGCUCUGGGACGCCAACGUCUCGCCCUUCAGCCUCGUGCGGCUGUCCGGGCCUUUCGGUCCACGUUUAGUGUCCGGUUGGACGAGCAGGCGCUUCAGCCACCUUCCCGAGGCCGAAUCUCAGGCCCUGCACGACUACUCGUAUUCGCUCUUCCGCCAACGUGGGAGCGGCGAGUAUGCCCUGGCGUACCUGCUCGCACCCGGCGCCUUUGCCCGCAGUCCCAUGAUCAACCGGAUCCAGGAGGUUGGUCGGCAGGUCUACAAGAAGGAGGACGGCUCCCAGACUCGCGAGACGGGCAUUCCCGUCGUUUUCAUGUACGGCGAGCAGGACUGGAUGGACAUUGGCGGCGGCUAUGCGGCGGAGGAGAAGCUGAAGGCCAGGUCUAGGCAGGCGCUGUUGCACGGCACCGAGGAGGAGAAGAGGAAAGAGAACGGCAGGGCGAGGGUCGUGUCCAUCCCCAAAGCCGGGCACCACCUGUACAUUGACAACGCUGACGAGUUCAACAGGGUUGUUAUGGAGGAGUUGAGGGCCACGGCGGAACAGGUUCGCAAGGAGAAAUCGACAUGA